GACCUUUUCCCGAUUAGUCGCCAUUUUGGUAGCUGUCAUUUAAUUUUUUCCGGCGUCCUGUCUCUGAACUAUCGUGUUUUUAAGGGAAUUCCAGAAGUCGUGAAGAUCAGGAAUCGCCAUUAAUCUACAGACAUGGAAAACAAGACACACAUCAAAGAAGAGCAGACAGAAGACACAGGAUGGCAGCAGCACAAAGAAGAGGAUGUGCUAUGCCAGGAAAUGGACAGUGAGGACAUGGCAGCAUACAGUGGAACACCUACAAUCAGACAUCCUGAGAGCGAGACUAACAACAGUGGGAAGCAGACAGCAGACAUUGGACAGCAGCAGGCGGUUCUAACUGAGGAAACGUGUGGGGUAAACUGUACCCAGCCUGAGGAGGGAGUCACAUCACAUCUACAUGUACAAGCCAAUGCAGGACAGAUGGGGAUGAACAAUAUGGGGGAGCAGACAACAUACACGGGAUGGCAACAGGAGGAGGGAAAGGAAGAAAACCGUACCAGGCCGGACAAAGGACUCUUGUCACAGGAAAUUGUACAGAACAGUACAGUGCAGGAGGAUGGCCAUGUUGCACUGCAUACAUACAUUUGCUUCAAGUGCAGUUACCAAGCAACAGAGAAAGACCUUUUGAUUCAGCAUAUGACAAAACAUACCACCACUGAGAACACCUACAAAUGUGACCACUGUGACUAUUCUGCUGUAGAGAAAUCUCUAGUAGACCAACACAUCAAGGCAAACCACGUCGGUGAGAAACCCUACAUGUGUAGCGUGUGUGGAUAUGUGACAGCUAUUUGGUCUCACCUAUACCAGCACAUGAUAACACAUGCAGGUGACUAUUCAGCUGCACAGAAAUCUCAAGUAGACCAACAAGUAUUGGUUAAACGCACCUACACGUGUAGCCAUGGGGGGUGCGGAUACAGAACAACUGUUAAAUCCAACCUAUCCAGACACAUGAAAACGCACACAGGUGAAAACCCCUACCAAUGUGACUGGUGCGACUAUUCUGCUGCAAAGAAAGAACAUUUAGACGAACACCUCGCGGUAAGACACCCCAGUGGUAGAGAGUACAGGUGUGAAGACUGUGGACACAGGACAGCGAACAAGCAGCUCCUAGCCGAACAUAAAACGUUAUGUCAAGGGGAACAGGGGCCUUUUAGAUGUGACCAGUGUGACUAUUGUGCUCCAGGCAGACAUCUUCUGGACCAGCAUGUCAAGUCAAAACACACCAGUGAGAAACCCUACAUGUGUGGGGAGUGCGGGUACAGGACGAUCGAUAAGUCACACCUGUCCAAACAUAUGAUGACUCACACGGGUGAAAGGCCCUUCAAAUGCGACCGGUGCGACUAUUCUGCCACACAGAAAGGAAGGUUGGACGAACACAUUGUGACAAAACACACUGGUGAGAAGCCCUACACGUGUGGGGAGUGCGAAUUCAGGACGGCUUUUAAAGCUGCCUUGUACCGACAUAAGAGAACACACACCGGUGAGAAACCCUACAUGUGUGAUGAGUGUGGAUUCAAGACUGCUAAGAAAUGGUACCUAUCUGUACAUAAGAGGAUACAUACCGGUGAUAAACCCUACAAAUGUGAUCAGUGUAACUACUGCGGUGCAACAAAUUCGCAUCUAAAGAAUCAUCUGAAAACACAUAUGAACAAAAAAAUGUUGUGAGGUAAUAGAGUCAGGCUUUUAGCCAGGCAUGCGUACAGGCGUACAAUGUACGGCCUGUUAAAAAAAUAACUCAAAUUGUACGCCCUUAGACUGGGGAGCACAUCCUCUGACAAGCAUGAAAUUCUGAUUGACCAGGGAUGCUAUGUGGCCUGUCUGACAGUAAAUUUGCUUCAUUCCCACAAAUUUACACCUCAAAAUGUGGGAAAUUGUGUUUGACUUUGAGAGAGUUAUAAAUUUCAAAAUUUUCUGAGGGAGGAUGUCCCCAGACCCCCUGCAAUACUCGCACCUGCAGCGCUCUCAAAACGGCAAGAAAUUUGGACACCCUAUGAUAAAAUCCUAGCUAAAAGCCUGAAUUUAAUAGAGUACUUGGUCUGCCUGAAGUAGAAAUAUCAAAAUAUAUGUUUAUCAAACCUUUGUUGCUCAGUGAUGGUAUCUAACUUAGAAACAUUAUGUUGUAUAUAGGAAGGAUGCCAGGUUUGCCAUGUGCGACCAAACUGCACAGUUAACCAAGUGAAACUCUGUAUCUGUAUCUUUAUAGCCGGUAUAACCGCCCUUCGGCGUAACACACCAGCUUCGCAGUAAGCCGCGUGUUUAAUUUGAAUCCAGGCUGUUGUCACUCACUCGAAAUGCACAAUACUGGAAAAGGCUGUAGUCCUUGGGAUGGGUCGAUGUUCACUCACUUUUCAUUGUGUUUGUCAAAAAGAUAUACAGAUUACCAGAUUAAAAGAAAAAACAUAGUCAUGACAUUAGAUAUACAUGUCAAAGAUAUAUGAUAAACUAUAAUAUGUAUUGAACAACUUGACAACAAAUGGUGGUUUGCUGUUUUGGACUGGACAGUGAAUUGAUGCUAGAUGAUUUAAGUGCAAAAUGUUUGGAUUGAGGUAGUUUAAAACUGUUGCAAACUGAUGAUAUACUUUUAACUAUUUAAAAAUGUGUAUGGGUUAAAUGAAUAGGAGAAAUAAAAUUGUAAAUAUAAAUUCAAUACAGAUGAUGA